UCUUCUUCUUCUUCUUUUCCCCUCUCCCAACCCAAAGGCUUCUUCUGUUGCGUCUGCUCUUCUGCCAUUCUUCCCCCAAUCCAUAAUACGUGACGCAGCUCCAGCACGCUUAUUUUACCCCCAAAACAUUGCCCACCAAUCCCCUACUAUUAACGAGUAAUUCAAUACGACUCUCCGACACGCACUUGUGGGUCAGCACGUCUCGCACAGCCAUCCACCCAUACCCUCAGCACAACGUCCAAGAUGCGCGCCUCGGCCUUGUUCGCUCCCCUCUUCCUCGCUGCCACGGCCCUAGGCCAGGCUGUCGAGGAGGGCAUUGCUCCCGAUGCGACUAUUCCUGACGGCUGCGAGGCCACCGUCGAUACCCCUUUCAAGAUUGGCACCCUCGAGAACCCGUCUCUCAAGAAGCGCGAGACCGCCCAACAGGCUUCUGACGGCGAGCUCUACUGCACCCUCAAGGACGGCAUCCUGCACGACCAGUUUGGCCGCACAGGCUCCAUUGUGGCUAACCGCCAAUUCCAAUUUGACGGCCCUCCUCAAGCUGGCGCAAUCUACACUGGCGGCUUCUCCGUGUGCAAAAAUGACUCGCUCGCCAUUGGAGGCAGCACCCGUUGGUGGCGCUGCAUGAGUGGUGCCUUUGGAAACCUCUACGACGAGUGGAUUGGCGCUCAGUGCCACGAGAUUCGCAUCCAGGCCAUUUUCGACAAGAGCUCAAGUUCGUCGUCGAGCGACGCUUCUAAGACCAGCUCUGCCUCUUCUGACGCUUCGGCUACCGAGAGUUCUGUAUCUGGCAGUGUAACCAGUACUGCUAACAGCACUACCUCAUUGACAUCGGGCGCAAGCUCAACCUUUGCUUCUGCUACUUCUUCCUCCGACUCCGAGAGCUCGCGCUCUUCUGGAUCUGCCGGCUCCAGCACCUCUCCUACUGGAUCCGCAGAUGCUCCUCCUGCAAACGGUGCUGCGCCGUCACUGUUGGCCGCACCUUUUGCCGUGUUUGGCGUAUCUGCCGUCUUCUUCGGCGCAGCUCUGAUGCUAUAAACGACCCACUUUUACGACAAUGCUUCCUUUUUUUUCUGUUGUUUUCUCCUACUUCUACUUGUUCUUCUACUUCCAUCCUCAGCAACCGCAUCUCUGGCGUCUUUUCAGCGUUUGUUCACCAGCAUGCACCGCAUGCAUAGAUCCUGGGAAUAUCGUCUUUUGUUUUCACAGUACGGCAUGGUAAUUUGAAAAGAAAGAGCGCUUGCGCGGUUUCAUUUUCCCUUGUUGCGCUCGGCACCUGGCGACGGGGGGG